ACCGUUCAAAGGAUCCUCGGAGGCUGAUCAUGGCUGAGCUCCUCUGUGUCCUAACCAUCGUCUUCUGGGAGCUGUGGCUGGCAAUGGGGGCCAUGGAUUCCUGCUACAAUGCUCAGGGGCUUGCCCAGCGAUGCAUGCCCAUCUUUGAGAACAUUGCUUUUGGGAAGCAAGUACAGGUGUCGAACACAUGUGGCACUCCACCAGAGGAUUACUGUCUCCAAAUGAGCACCAAGGACUCCAGCACAUCGUGCCACCACUGCGAUGCUGGGAAUGCUUUGCUCCACCACAAUGCCAGCUAUCUGACGGACUUCCACAGCCAGGAGGAACCCACCUGGUGGCAGAGCCAGUCCAUGGCCUUUGGAGUCCAGCACCCCAACUCAGUCAACAUCACUCUCCGUCUGGGAAAGGCCCAUGAAAUCACUUAUGUGAGGCUGAAGUUCCACACCAGCUGCCCAGAAAGUUUUGCCAUAUACAAGCGGAGUCAGUCCGAGGGGCCCUGGAUCCCCUAUCAGUACUAUAGUGCCUCUUGUGAAAAGACCUACCGGAAACCAGAACACCACUUUUUGCGGCCUGGAGAAGACGAGCAAGUUGCCUUCUGCACUUCAGAAUUCAGUGACAUCUCCCCACUGAGUGGGGGCAAUGUGGCCUUCUCCACGUUGGAAGGGCGGCCAAGUGCCUACAGUUUUGACCAGAGCCCUAUUCUCCAGGAGUGGGUGACGGGCACAGACCUGCUCAUCUCACUUAACCGGCUCAAUACCUUUGGGGAUGACAUCUUCAAGGAUCCCAAAGUUCUGCAGUCCUACUAUUACGCCAUCUCAGAUUUUUCUGUAGGAGGCAGGUGCAAGUGCAACGGUCAUGCUAGCAAAUGUCUGCCCAAUGAAAAAGAUGAGCUGGUUUGUCUCUGCGAGCACAACACCACUGGGGUGGACUGUGAAUCAUGCCAGCCCUUCCACCAGGACCGCCCAUGGGCACGGGGCACGGCUGAGUCUGCCAACGAGUGUCUCCCAUGCAACUGUAGUGGCCGGUCAGAUGAGUGCUUUUAUGACUGGGAGCUGUACCGGCGCACCAGGCACGGCGGCCACUGCCAGAAUUGCCAGGAGAACACGGACGGGCCGCACUGCGAACGCUGCCGACAGAACUUCUACCGCUGGGACAUCCAGAUGGCCUGUCAGCCCUGCAACUGUAACCCGGCAGCUGCAGUGUCCUGCGUGGGGAUCACAUGUCCCUAUGCUGCCGGCUGCAUCACAGGCACAAGGUCUGCAAAGGAAGGGGAAAAUGAAGCCACUUGGCUGGUUCUGGUCAUCUUGGCACACUUUGUGGUCCAGAAAGGUUGUUCCAGAGGCAGACUUUCCUUGAAGGAGGUCCGGCUCACAUCUGCUCACCCAGGUCUCUCCCAACCUGCCCCAUGGGUGGAAGAAUGCAUCUGCCCACAUGGGUACAUGGGUCAGUUCUGCGAGUCCUGUGCUCCAAACUUCAAGCGAGAGGUUCCCUUUGCCGGGCCGUUAACCAGCUGCAUUCCUUGUUCGUGCAACCAACAUGGCAGUUGUGAUCCUAACACAGGACUGUGCCAGUGCCUACACAACACAGAAGGGCCUUCCUGUGAGCGCUGCAUGCCUGGUUUCCACGGCAACCCCUUCCUAGGCUACCCGGAUGACUGCAAACCUUGUCCUUGCCCAGGCCAGACGCCUUGCGCGGCCCUUCCGGAGAGCGGAGAGGUGGUCUGUACGCAUUGCCCGCCAGGACAGAGAGGGAGACUCUGUGAACUGUGUGACGACGGCUUUUUUGGAGACCCCUUGGGAAGGAAUGGCCCAGUUCGCUCUUGCAUUCCCUGCAUGUGCAACAACAACGUGGACUCCAAUGCGGUUGGCAAUUGUGAUCCGAUCUCGGGUCGGUGUCUGCGCUGCCUGUACAACACAGCAGGGGAGCACUGCGAGAGUUGCCAAGAGGGGUUCUAUGGGAAUCUGCUGGCCACCAGCCCUGCCAGGAAGUGUGCUCCCUGCGACUGUCAUCCCGGAGGCUCCGUCCGUGCACUGGAGGCUUGUCACAACGUCACUGGCCAGUGUCCCUGCCUCCCACACGUGACUGGGAGGGACUGCAGCCGCUGCCAAGAGGGCUAUUAUGCUCUGCAGAUGGGAACUGGCUGCAGGAGUUGCAAAUGCCACCCAGUUGGGUCCCAGCACCACCACUGCCACCCACUCACAGGACAAUGUGUCUGCCGACUGGGUGUGGAAGGACUGUCAUGUGACCGGUGCCAGAUGGGAUUUUUUGGUUUCUCCUUCCAGAGAUGCCGAGCCUGCAACUGCUCCCACGUAGGAUCUGUCUCUCUCCAGUGCAGUGAAGUCGGCACGUGCGUGUGCAAGAGGGGCUUCACGGGCAACCGGUGUGACCAGUGUGAAAACAACCACUUCCUUGACCCCGAGAGCUCUCAGUGCACAGAAUGCCCGAUCUGCUACAGUCUGGUGAAGGAGGAGGCAGACAAGCUGAAGGACCAGCUGGCCGAGAUGGAGUCAUGGCUACAGAAACCAGACUGUGGCUGGCACAAGGCCCAUUACGCAGUGCUGGGAGAGGCUCCACGGGAAGACGGCAUCCACAGCCGCCACUUGAGGAAAGGUGCCAAGUCCCUGUUCCUAGAAGAGGCUGCCAAGCUGGAGAGCUCUGUAUCUCGUGCGUGGAGCCAGCUGAGGAACGUCAGUGGCGUGAUGGGUUGCCACGGCAGUGGGAACACCAAGACCUGUGUACUCUUCUCUGAUAUCCUUUCUGCCCUGCAGUCCACGCAGCAAGAGAUCGAGCUGGCCACGGAAACACUGGCUGCAAUGGAGUUGCCUUCUGAGAUUUCACACCAACCUACAAACUGGGGUAACCAGGCUUUGGAGGCUAAGUUGCUGGCCGGAAGCCACGAGGAGAGCGUGGCUCUGAUUGAGGACACUGCAAGGAGGGCACUCGUGAUGACCAAUUCCAGCCACCUUCUUUUGCAGAGCAUCUUGACAGGCAACACAACACUGGAAUUCAGGAAGCAGAUGGAAGAGAGGUAUCAGAGAAUCCAAACAAUGCAGCAAGAGCUCAGAUCUGAGAUGGAAAAGGCUACAGCCAAGAAGACCUUUGCUUCAGUUCAGCAGAUCAGCAUGGAAAUGUCAAAGAACCUGUCACGGAUCACCACUUCAGAGCUGCACCCCCUGCUGGGGCAAGCAGAAAAUGUCACUCAAGGUACAAAAGAGCUGGAACAGCUGUUGGAGUCAGUGGCAGAACAGGUGGCGAAUGGAUCCCUUGCUAUACAGGCCAGCCUAGAGGGAGAGAAAUGGAGGAUGGAGCAGCUGGAACAGCUAUGGCAAAAAGCAAAAGGGACCCACCUGCUGGCCGCAUCGUCACUCUCAAGUGGAGAGGCCAUCUUCUCUGAAGCCAAGACCUUGCUGGCCAGCCUGGAUGGUAAAAGAUUGAAAAGGCACCAGGAGCGCCAGUCCCUCAUGAAGAGGAGAACAACGAUCAUUCGAGAGAGGAUGAUAGCCGAUGCCCAGAAGAAGGCCAGGCAAGCACAGAAGAUUCUGGGAGAUUCUGUCUCUGUCUCUUCUAAUGCUGAAAAAACUGCCAGAGACGCAGAGUCACUCACGAAGGAGGAAGCUACGAAAGUCCAGGCUAUGUUCAGAGACGCCAAGGAAGAGAAGAAGCAUGCCAGUGAACUCCGGACGCGUGUUGAUCUGACCACGGCAGAAAUAUUUAGACAAGAGCAAGAGACCGAAGAUCUUGGCAGCAGGCAAGAGGGAUCUGUCCAGGUCAGUCUGGAGAUGAAUGAUCUUCAGGAGAGCCUCAGAGAAGCCCAGAGUUCCUUGGAAAGGGAUGUGGCCACCCUGAAUGACCUGCUCCUCAGCCUAGGCAGCCUGGACCCCACCAGCAAAAUGGAAGUGGUCCUGAAUGCGACCGAGCUCCAGUUGAAGCGGCUGCGGCAGCAUCUGGCUGGGUCUGGGGCCCUGGGGCGGAAGCUGAGCGCCUUGCAGCAGGGGGCUGAGCAGCAGCAGCAAACGAUCGAGAACUUUGAGAAGGACCUGGAGGAGAUCCAAAGCGAUAAGCACAACCUGGAGGCCAUUUUGCAAAGUUUGCCUGAGGAAUGCUCAAGCUGGCAGUGAGCAGGGCUCUGUAAGCAGACCUCUCUACCCUGCUGGGGUCUCCAGACUGAUGCACAAUAGGAAUGUGUGGUGGGCAGAUAUGGACUAAAGAAGUGUCAGCACUGGCUUCUGGAAGAUAUCUCCAAGAUUGGUAUUUAAAAAACAAUGCUGGCAACAGAUCAGGGCCAAGUGUGAUUGGUGCUGUGGAGAGAUAAUACCAUUGAAUCCUCUGUGGAUGUCAAAGUAAAAACAACAACAGUGGAGUUUUUCUCUGAAGUAGCUCCGAUUCUCCAGGCAUGGUGCACACAAUUUCAAGCACAGCUUUGCAAAGUUUAAGCAGUAGAAACUUUGAUCUGUGAGACUUCCAGAAAGCAGGAUUUUGCGGCUUUUCUAUGCUUCAUUUUUCUAUGCUUCAUUUUUGUGUUUCCAGUCAAACGGUUUUUGCACAUAGUUGUAGCACUUCCACUAAAACCAUUUCAGAAAAACCCAAAACCAGCUCCCCAAAACAGGGGGACAGGAUUCCCCCCCUCCUCAUCUUUUUUUUUUUAGAUAUUUGAUUUUUAGUAAUUCCAGCUACACCUAACGGGAUGCCUCAAUCACCCGCCCAUCUUUUUAUCCGCUGCCCCCAGCUGUUGUGUCCACAGCACAGCCAGAUGUUUUUGAGAGAACAUCCAUUCUUCACUGAAGGCCAGGUCUUCUGGCAGAAAACAACUGGAGGCCAAUCAGUAGCCAAGCUCAGGACCAAUGAGCUGCACAGACAGCUGCUGGCCUACAGAUAACCCUCUCCACUGGUCUUAUCGUUUGAAAUAGAAUACAGAAUCUGCUUCACAGAGGCAUAUCCAGUGGUGGGAUUCAGCAGGUUUGCAAACUGGAGCCCAAAGACAAACCUGUUUGGUGGUUCCCACCCCACCCCCACACCCCGUAGGGGUGGCCACCCUCCCCCACCACGACCAAACAAUGAUUUUUUUGCACCAGCUCACAAAACACCUCCCACAAAUCACCCCCACCCCAGCAAA